AUGACGCAUAGACGUCUUUAUGCUCCAGUGUAUACGAAGGACCAUUUCGUUGCGUUUGAAAUUGACUUUCAAACAAAAUCUUUCAGAUGGGGGGAUUCUCUGAAUUCCAAACAGCACGCGCUAGAGCACUUUGUUGAGAAACUCCAAUGGUGGUUCCGUGCGUGCUUCAGUGGAGAAUUUCGCAAUGAUGGACCUAACUUACCCCAUGACCAUCAAAAGGAUCGUACUUCAUGCGCACUAUUUGCAAUCAACACCAUUGAACACAAUGUCUUUGGAAAUACACUUGGCGUCGCUCACCCUGCCCGCGAGCGAGCCAGGUGGUUCUUUUUGACAGCAGAGAGUCAGAUUAAUGGAUCUGCAGAACCAUCGCACACCAACCAUCCCAAUACUAACGCCUUGCUGUUGGGUGAACGUGCCUUCCAUGGACAUGCUGGACCAUCACACGCCAACCAUCCCAAUACCAAUGCCUUGCCAUUGGGUGAACGCGCGCUGAAGCUGCAGGCAGAGGAACGCACAUGUAUCCAGGAAAAAGCUACAAUAUUUUUAGAGAAAAAAAAGCAGGAAAAGGUGCAGCAGGAACUGGCGGAGACAGAAAGGAUUGAUUGCGAACAGAUUGCUCAUGGGAAGGUAGAGACGAUCAGGAUGGAACUCAGCAGGCUCGAGCGCGAGUCUCACGAGAGGGCCCGGCAAGAGAAGGAAGGGUUGGAAAUGUUCCACCAGGACCCUUGGGCGCAUGUGAAUAAUGAUAUUGAAGAUAUUCAGAUGCGCGAUGUGGACGCGUGCGUUACUAGUAUCAUACCGCCUGACCAGUUCAUGAGGCUCAAACCUGCUGAGGAGCUAAACUACCCCCCUCCUGCCCCUUCAUCACUUGUUCCUGUGGCCUCAUCGCGAGCAUCGCCUCUUACAAGCGCAUCAUUUGCGGGCUUUAACCGGAUGAACCACCCCCCCGCUGACACAACAAAAACUCGCUGGUUCAUGGAGCGCCUGGGGCAGUUUGACAUCCCGGAUAGUGUUGACUUAAAGUUCAUCAAGCAUCCCGACUAUCCUUCCUUGCGUGUCGUCUCUCACGGUCGAUUAGUAGUUUUGAAGCGGACUGAAGUCAGACUACGUUUGUGGAGAGCCCAAUAUCCGGAUGUACCGCUCUGGUAUCUAGGCAUUCAUUGUCUGUCCAGAGGACUUGAUUGGCAGGUGUUCGCUCCUGUUUCUAGGCCAGUUGCCUUCGUAUCUCGCCCCGCCCAUCUCAACGUCCGGCAUGCACCGCUGUAUUGGAAAGGGGACGUCUUUCAUGAAUAUCACACUUGGAUCUGGGCCAUGCUUAAUCUUCCGUUCGCACAUCGUUUCCUUAGCAUGGGUGGCAUUGCCUGGCGCAUUGCAUUGCACUAUGGGCCUGAAAGUCUGUUUGCCGCCACCCUGUCGGGCCCGUCCACUGACGCUUGCCUGCACGGUCAUGUACAUCGCAUUGGUGGAGACAUCGACGACAUGGUGACUGACCACGAUGUAGCUCUUCUCUUAGGCGCCACUGACGACACUAGUUUAUGGCCUCCUGUAGAUAUAUUUGAAAGGUACGAGAAGUGGCAAGGGGAGUGGUCUCAUGAGUGGGAGGCCUGGUUCCAAAAACGUCUUCAGGGAAUCCGAAGUGGCGACAAGGAUCUUUUCCUAACCCGUAAAAGGUGGAUCAAACACCGUCGUCGAUAUACUGCAAGGGAGUACGAUGAUCCUGCACUUGUCGGAUCUGAAGGUCAUGCAGCAGGGUUGUGCGCUGAGGCUGAUCGCCUAUAUCCUCCGAUGGAAUCAUAUGCAGCUUUAGUUUACUAG